UCGAGGCACAAUAGUAAACACGUCGAGACCAACACGUGCGGCGUCCACGCGAUAUUUUCCCAUAUUUUGUAUUUAAUUUUUUGUAUGUAAUUACACAGAAUUCACCACAAUGCAACAGAGUGACGAUGUGGUGUGGACCAUCAUCAACAAGUCAUUUUGUUCCUUUAAGAUUUCAACUAUAUCACAAAAAUUUUGCCGAAAUGAAUUCAACUUGACUGGGCUGUGCAGUAGAAGUUCCUGCCCACUUGCCAACAGCCAGUAUGCUACAGUAAGAGAAGAAAAGGGUAUCAUAUAUCUUUAUAUGAGAACAGCAGAAAGAUGCCCAUUCCCAGCAAGACAAUGGGAGAAGGUCAAACUUUCCCGGAACUUUGUCAAAGCCCUGCAACAAAUAGACGAGAAUCUGGUGUUCUGGAAGAAGUAUUUCCGUCAAAAAUGCAGACAGAGGCUUCUGAAAAUCACACAGUAUCUGACUCGUAUGAGAAAGCUGAAAUUAGGAAGGAAGAAAAAAUUAGUACCAUUGAGACGGAAACAGGAAGUGCGAUUGAAGAGACGUGAAGAGAAGGCUCUUGUUGCAGCUAGGAUUGACAAUGCUAUUGAGAAACAGCUUCUGCAGAGACUCAAGGAAGGAACGUAUGAACGUAUAUACAACUUCCCACAAGAAGCCUUUGACGUAAGAGUUGAUGGGGAAGAAGUAGAAAGCGACAUUGAUGAAGUGGAGUAUGAUGAGGAUAAGGAAGAAGAGGUGGAGACCGAUGAAGAUGUCGAAGGACAGUUGGAAAAGGAAGUUGUAAAUGAUGACGACGAUGAUGAUGAGGAUGAAGAUGAUGAUGAUGAUGAGGAGUUGAGUAGUGAUGAAGAAGACUCUGGUGACGAAGAAGAGGACGAGGAAGAAACACGGGAAUUUGUUGCUGACUUUGACGAGAGUGACGAAGAAGACUUUGAGAGCGCUGCCGAUCGCCUGAAUGACAUCAGCGAGGAUUCUGACGACGGCAGCGACGACGAGGAUGAGGUUGACGACAAGGAGGAAGAGAGAAGGAAAAUCGCAAAAGCCAAGCCUAAGGUGAUCAAGCGACGAGGGAAAGCCCAGUUGGAAGUCGAGUACGAAGAACCAGAAACGGCAAAGAAGAUUAGACUUACGUCGUAAUGUCGAGGAAUUGAUGUUUAUAUUGUUGUUUGUAUUAUUUUCUUUUCUUUUUUUCUUUUUUCUCAUUUUUUUAUGGGAGUAGGUGUAUUGGUGUAUUGGCAUUCAUGUCUUUAAUUAUUGCUAUUAUUACUAUUAUUAUUAUUAUUAUCAUUAUUAUUAUUAUUAUUAUUGUUAUUAUUCUUAUUCUUAUUAUUAUUGUUGUUAUUAUUCUUAUUUCUGUCACUGUCAUUAUUAUUAAUAAUGAUGUUAUAUGUUGAGGUAAAUAAUGUACUUUGUCAGCCAUGCUCUAUUGUAAAGAGACAUAUGACUGUUGAACACUCACAUACAUCCACAUUCAUACACAUACAAACAAACCACAUUCAUGAACUUCUUAAUAAAUAUGAAAAGAAUGAA